AUGUUCUCCGACGAGGCCCUUUUCCGGCACUGCCUCCUCUCCCUCUUCCUCAUCACGCCCCCUACCGUCGUCUCACUCCUCUUACUCUCCGCCCCCUACGGCCGCCACCGCCGCCCCGGCUGGGGCCCCACCCUCCCCCCGCCGCUCGCCUGGUUCCUCAUGGAGAGCCCCACCGUCUGGCUCACCCUCCUCCUCUUCCCCCACGGCCGGAACCGCCGCGACGCUCGCGCACUCGCCCUCAUCUCCCCCUUCCUCCUCCACUACGUCCACCGCACCCUCUGGGUCAGCUGCCCGAAUUAUUUGGGCGAGAUUGUGGAGUGGUUGGGCUGGGCCGUCAUGACUUGGUCGUGGGCCGGGCUUGGGUUCUUCGUGUACACCUGCGCAAACCUGGUGCCGCGGGCCGAGCAGAACCAUAGAUGGUAUUUGGAGAAGUUUGGGGAGGAUUAUCCUAGCAAUAGGAAGGCUGUUAUUCCAUUUGUGUACUGA